GAGUGUGACAAAGUGCAUGUCUGCAGACGUCUGCGUCUCAGAACCCAUCUCUUCAGUCUUGUGGUUUUGCAGGAGAAAUAUUUGCACUUGCGGGUGGUUUUGACGCUCAUGCAUGCUUUGGCAGCGAUGCCAACAAGUGUAAUAACGCACUUGACUCCUGCAUUUCACACAGUGAACAGUUUGGCACCGUUUCCUCAGCGAGCAUGAACCUCAGUCUUCCCGACCAGAACAUGCACGGCUCCGCUGAAGGCUGCCUGGAAGACAGCAAACCUGACAUCACGCUGCCCUGCUUCCGCAGGAACACGUAUGAUGAGGCUCUGACCUCUUACUCUAAUGGAUCCAUUAUCUCCCAACUCCUUCGCAAGACAAUCCACAACAAGAGGACGCUAGAUGAGAACCCCUUCUACCUUUCCAGCACCGCUGCCACCGACUCGGGCCAGGAGGACCGGAGCAGCGUGUCCUCAAAGGACAGCCUGGUGGAGGCGUCCUCGCCCGGCGCUCACAUCCCCACAGGCACCAGCCCGGAGGGGGAGCACGCCAUGACUGACCACAUGCAGGCGAAGAGGGCGCGGGUGGAGAACAUCAUCCGAGUCAUGGCGGGUUCUCCCAACAGCAGGCCGCACGGGGACGGGGAGCGGCCCGACGCGGACGCCAGGGAGGCCAGGGAGGCCUACAGGGAGAACAAGCGUAAGCAGAGACUGCCUCAGCAUCAGGACCACGCUGCCGGCGUGCCCCUGAGCAGGAGGCCUGCGAGCAGCAGCAAGGACGAGGAGUGCCUCAAGCUGAAGGAGCAGCUCCACAGCAUGCAGAAGCUCCUGCGCCAGCUCCAGGAGAAGUUCCUCCAGGUUUACAACCAGGACGCGCCUGAGCACCGCGACCCGGACCGGACGGAGGCGUCUGGAGGGGACGACCGCUGCAGAGGCGCCGAUGGCGGCAGGAGGCGCGGCCGCAGCGGCGCGGAGCCCGGCGACCGCACGGAGGAGGAGCCUCAUCCGACGGAGCGCCACAACCUGGAGGAGACCCUGAAGCAGGAGCUCUCCCAGGCCGUCAACGAGUGCGUGGACAGGGUUUUCAAGAGGGCGUCGGCCCGAGGCCCGGACCGCUCGCCCGAGGCGCGCGUCUGCUCGUCUCCAGACCCGCAGCCGAGCCCCACGGAGCGGCCGCACGCCGACCAGGCGGCGCCCCGGACCCGGCCCUUCCAGCACCACGACGGCGCCGAGGCCCACAGUCCCCAGGACCAGACCGAGGCCCUGGCGCUGGUGGUCCGCAAGCCGGCAGGACCCCCCCUGGGCUCAGCGGCGCCCGCGGUGAAGAGGCCCUUCCCCGUGCACCAGGCGCCCUUCCAGUUCAACUACAGCGCCCCGCUGCACGACAGCCAGAUCCUGGAGCACCUCCUCAAAUACGGACCCCACCCCGGCUUCGCGGGCCUGCCCUGCAUGCCCGCGCCCAUGGACAGGGCGUCCCCGGACUCGGGGGAGCUGCCCUGGGACGCCAUGGCCAUGCGGGCCAAGGUGGCGCCGGGCCACCUGGGCCACCACCCCCGGCCCCCGGCCCUGGGGGCCGUGGCGGUCGACAACCUGUGCCUCCCCCACGUCAAGAUCGAGUGCGGGGAACUGCAGGGCAUGGCCGAGCGCAACCCCUACAUGUCUCUCAAUAUCCAGGAGGGUCUGACCCCCAGUCACCUGAAGAAGGCCAAGCUCAUGUUCUUCUACACCCGCUACCCCAGCUCCAACGUGCUCAAAACCUUCUUCCCCGACGUCAAGUUCAACCGCUGCAUCACGUCUCAGCUCAUCAAGUGGUUCAGCAACUUCAGGGAGUUCUACUACAUCCAGAUGGAGAAGUUCGCCCGCCAGGCCGUGGUCGACGGCGUCAGCGACGUCAAGGACAUCGCCGUCACCAGGGACUCGGAGCUGUUCCGGGCGCUCAACAUGCACUACAACAAGGCCAACGACUUCCACGUUCCCGACAGGUUCCUGGAGGUGGCUGAAAUCACCCUGCACGAGUUUUACACCGCUGUAUCGGCAUCCAAAGACUCGGACCCCUCCUGGAAAAAAGCCAUAUACAAGGUGAUCUGCAAACUGGACAGCGACGUCCCCGAGGAGUUCAAGGCGUCUUCCUAUUUAUAGGCCGCAGAGGAGAAACGGUCCACUUCAUGAUUUCCUGUGGUGAGUUUUAGUGAGGUGCUGUAACAUCAUGUAGAUGUUGGUGAGAUGAUCAUUAUGUAAAUCUGUAAACACACAUUUAAAAACGUUGCAUCUUCACUCUGAAAUUUUGUGUCUUACUUUGCAAAAAAGCGACUACUGAUGAAUAUUAAUGCUUUAUUCUAUCGUUUAGUGUUUCCUACUUUGCCGCCUCAGUGCAGUUGGGAGUUAUCAGGUUUGUGGGUGUUUCCAAACGUAGCGUAGCCUUAUUUAGUUCCAGCUUUUUGUCAGUACCAGUUUGCUUUUUUUACUGGAAUACGCUUUCUAGCUGUGCUGUUGUGUAAAUGUUCAGGCACUGCUGUUGUUUGUAUAGUAUUGUGUGUUUUAAACUGUUAGCUUGGCAGGAUGUGCAUGUAAUGUCCCUGCGAUGGGUUUUAUUUUCUGUAUAAAGUCCUGGAGCUCUAAAGUUUUUGUAAAGUACAAUCAUUUUCAAAUACUUCAGUCACAAGCAUUGUACUGGAUUGAAAUUAAAAAAGCACUAAAUAAUGUUUGUGUUGAUUUGUUAUGUUAUAAAUGCUGUAUUUGUAAUAAACACC